AUGAGCCAUGAAUUGGAAGUACGAAAUGAGGUAGCCGGCAAUGAGGAUCCUCCUCUGCAGGCAUUCCGCAGCAGCAAUCCGUUCGAUGAAUGUUACCAGGCUCCGGUGCUAGCACCUCGGGAGUCGGAUGCCAACCAUGUGCCCUUGCAGCUGCUGCGACGUGCCAGUGAGACGGUGACCGCCAGCAUCCUGGCGGACCUGGAGCCGGAAAAGGAGCAUUUACUAGGCGAGCGCCCACUGCCACCCCCCCGUGUUCACGGGGCUCCAUACCAGGGAAUAGCAGAAGCUAAACGCAAACAGCAGCAGAUCCAGAAUUUCAACCAGAGGCAACUGCAACAGCAGCAGCAGCCCAGCAACAAAGCACUGGCAUUGGCGCCAGGUGACAACAUGACACAAGGAGCUGGCAGCGGCAGUUACCCUGCGCCGCAGGCUGGAUCGCAGGCCACCCCCAACCAGGACCUUGCGCCGCCGUUGCAUACAAAAUUAGACAUACAGAAGCUCCCGGAGGGCAUGGGAGCGGGAGCUGCCGUACAAAACGCUGCAACAAUAAUUUUAACGCCGACAUCAUUAAAUUUAACAAACACAACACAAAAUGUUGCCGGCAACAAUGCGGGUCCCGGCAGUGGGAACGGGAAUGGAAAUGGAGCCGGAGCCGGAGUUCAUGGCGACGAGUACAGAGGACCCAAGUGGUGGCUUUAUUUGACAUUACAUUGGAACUUGAUUUCUGAGCAUGUGGGUCUGCUGGCCAUAUUUUUGGGGCUCUGGGCCAUGGCCUUUGUACUUUUCCCGGACUAUGCCCAACCACAGACAGCGAUCAUGCGAAUCGCAUUCCUCUUCGUUGGCGCCCAGAUCGCCGGCAUUCUGGUCUCCUUCGCCCACUUGCCCGACAUGCUGGGCAUGCUUUUCUUCGGCGUGCUCUACACCAACGUGGGUCUGGCCAACUUUGAGGGCUACCAGCGUCUUGAAUUGUUCCUGAGGGAAAUGGCUUUGAUCAACAUAAUGCUACUGGCUGGCCUGGGUCUGGAUGGCGACGCUUUCAAGCGCCUUUGGUCUAUGAUUCUGCGACUGACUCUGCUGCCCACCAUUGUUGAGGUUGCCGUCAUUGCCGGAUUGGCCUACCUAACUCUCUCCAUGCCCUGGCUUUGGGGUAUAGCCUUGGGCUUGGUAAUCACUGCCGUGUCCCCGAACGUUGUAGUGACUGUGAUGCUGAAGCUGAAGGAGGACCGACUGGGUCUCAAUAGUGGCAUCCACACGCUCAUCUACGCCAUGACCACAUGCAACGAUGUGGUGGCCAUCUUCAUGUUCGGCGUGAUAAUCAGCGUAAUAUUCUCGACGACCUCGCUCACCCAGCAAGUGCUGCAAGGACCCAUUGGCAUUGGGAUUGGACUCGUUUUUGGCUAUCUCUACGGCGUGAUGCUCCAGUACUUGCCGUCCCGCCACGCGACCUACGCAAAUGGUCUGCGCUUCGUUUUGACCGUCUUGGGAGGCACCAUCGCCGUGAUGGGCAGUCGCGUCAUUGGCUACACGUCAGCCGGCGCUCUGGGUUGUGUAACGAUGGCCUUUAUUGCGAGGAUUGGCUGGCGGCGGGAGGAGGCCAAGCUGACGCCCGAACAAUUGCAGGCCCAGCAAAUAGCUAGUGUACCCAAGCGUCUGGACCUCAUGUGGAAGUUCCUCAAGCCCGUCUCGUUCGCCCUCAUCGGAAAGGAAAUUCACUUCGCCGUGCUGGAGGGCCAUGUAAUCGGUUAUGGGACCUUGCUGGUCCUCGUCGGAAGUCUGUUUCGCUUGGCUUUUGCAUAUUUAUCCACAUAUGGCGGAAAUCUGUCGAGAAAGGAACGUGCCUACAUUACAAUUUCCGGUUUUCCCAAAGCAACUGUCCAAGCAGCUUUGGGCCCGGUGGCCCUGGAUAUGGCACGUGCAGCGAAAGAGUCCAACCAAGCCCAGUUGGAUCUGGCUAGCAAUGUGCUCCUCAUCUCGGUCCUGGCGAUUAUCCUUACCGCCCCCCUGGGCGCCAUCCUCAUGCUCCGACUGGCCCCCCACUGGCUGAAACACGGUGAUGAAGUGGAGGCGCUCGAGUCCCCCACCACACCCACACCCACCAACCAGAGCAACGCCAACUCCAAUGCAUUCGGAAGGAAGUAGCAUGCGCGGCAAGCAGCUCCAAUCCGGAGUUGACCCUCCGCUAAAAGUUUUAAUCCCACUGUGCUUAUCCUAGCCAUUCUAGCCAUCCGUACUUAUACGUAAUUGUACUUAGAAAUACACAGCAUCGGAAAUAAAAGUGAAUGCGAAAAGUUACAAACAUAA